AAAAUCAGAAAGGAACAUUCUGCAAAACGGAGAAGAAGAUUGGGUUUCUGAAUUGUGAACCUCGUGAUCCCUUCUCCCCACCCAUAUCCAAAUCCAAACCCGUCUUUGUUCGCGACUCCAUUCCAUUCCAUCGCAAAACUCCGAGUCUUCCUCCAAAGGGGUUUCACUUUCGCAUCGAACAAGAGACCAAAAUCGCAUUGCACAAGAUUCUCAUUCAUCUCCCCAAUCGAAUCAUCGGAUGAACAAGUUUGAGGAAUCAAUCUCCCUCAUCAUCAUGGCUAGAGUCCCAACAGAACUGGGUUUUCUUCUCAUACCCAGAUGAGAUUACCCUAUCUCAUUUUUUGUCUGUACGAGGAACAUGUUUUCAGGAACAACAACAAUAGCAACCUUUGUGUCUGGUGGGUUCUGAUUGAUUCAUCACAUGAUUCUGUCAAGGUCUUGUUCUGUAACAAAGGGAUCGGUGUUGUGAUUUUCAGAUUCGUAGAAGAGGGUGUUGGUUUUUCUCUUUUCUGAAUUGUUAUUAUGUUCAAACAGAUACUCAGUAAGCUUCCUCGUAAGUCACCAAAAGCUUCUGAGCAAGGUGGAAAUGGAAGUGGGAACCAUGGUUUACAUUCAAAACCUGGAGUUUCGUCUUCAUCGUCGCAUGCCCAUUACUCUGAAUUAAAUGCAGGGAAUCAUCAUGGUAAUAGUGUUCAGUUGAAUGGGAAUCCGGAUGGCGAUUCGGCUUCUCUUUAUGACGAAGCGUUGCCUGCAUUCAAGGAUGUUCCUAAUUCGGAGAAGCCGAUUUUGUUUGUGAAGAAGCUGAGGAUGUGUAGUGUUGUGUUUGACUUCACUGACCCUGCCAAGCACCUCAGAGAAAAGGAGGUUAAGAGACAGGCAUUGGUGGAGCUGGUGGAUUAUGUGAAUGGUGCCAAUGCCAAGUUUUAUGAAACUGUGAUACAAGAAGUUGUGAAAAUGGUGUCUGUGAAUAUGUUUAGGACGCUGAGCCCUCAACCUCGUGAGAACAAAGUUGUCGAUGGCCUUGAUAUGGAGGAUGAUGAGCCUUCGAUGGAUCCUGCGUGGCCUCACUUGCAAAUUGUGUAUGAGUUAUUUCUGAGGUUUGUUGCAUCGUCUGAGCUGGAUGCGAAGUUGGCUAAGAGGUACAUUAAUCAGUCCUUUAUUGUGAAGCUGCUGGAUUUGUUUGACUCUGAAGAUCCUAGAGAAAGGGAAUAUUUGAAAAUGACUUUGCACCGCAUCUACGGGAAAUUUAUGGUUCAUCGCCCUUUCAUCAGGAAAGCCAUCAACAAUGUGUUUUUUGGUUUGAUUUUUGAGACAGAGAAGCAUAAUGGCAUUGCUGAACUCCUAGAAAUUCUGGGGAGCAUCAUUAAUGGUUUUGCACUGCCUUUGAAAGAAGAGCAUAAAUUGUUUCUUGUCCGCUCUCUGAUUCCCCUGCACAAACCGAAAUGCUUAGCAACGUACCAUCAGCAACUGUCUUAUUGCAUCACCCAAUUUGUAGAGAAAGAUUGCAAGCUUGCUGAUACCAUCAUUAGGGGAUUGUUGAAGUACUGGCCUAUAACCAAUAGUUCGAAGGAAGUCAUGUUUUUGGGUGAGUUGGAAGAAGUAUUAGAAGCAACUCAACCUCCAGAAUUCCAGCGUUGUAUGGUGCCAUUGUUUCGACGAAUUGCCCAUUGUUUGAAUAGUCCACAUUUUCAGGUGGCAGAAAGAGCUUUGUUCUUAUGGAAUAAUGAUCACAUUCAAAACUUAAUCAAACAAAACCGCAAAGUGAUUCUUCCCAUUAUCUUCCCCGCAUUGGAGAAAAAUACUAGAAGGCACUGGAACCAAGCUGUCCAUAGUUUGACUUUAAAUGUGCGGAAGAUUUUUAAUGAUCUCGAUCCUGAUCUGUACAAGGAAUGCUUACAAGAGUUUGAAGACAAUGAAUCAAAGCAGGAUGAAUUGAGAGCUAAACGUGCAGCCACUUGGAAACAAUUAGAGGAACUUGCUGCACAGAAAGCUGGAAGUAGUGAAGCAGUGCUUAUCCAAUAAAGCACGCAGUUGCAGUUCUGCAGCUUCCUAUGUAAUACUCUCCUCAAAUGAGACUGGCUGGCCGGAUACAAAGUCUCAGUUUAUGAUAUCAUGUAGCAACACAACCGGCCUGCAUUGAUGAGGGUUGGUAGUAAGUGAUGAGUAGCUUGCUUGUUUUAAUUACAAACAAACAAGCUCUAGGUGGUGUACCUAGUCUUUCAUUUUGUAAAAUCAUUAUAUAAUCAAUUUUCAAUUAUUGUUAUUAGAUUUUUUUCCUAGUAUCAAAUUAUAUAUUGUUGUAUCAUCGAAAGAGUUUGACUAUAAUUAUUUAAACGAUCAAACUUUUUUAAUGAUAUGACAAUAUAAGUAAAUGGUUGAUUAUGUAAAAAAUUUGUUCACACUUUAUGUUAUUUGGGAAAACAUUACCAUUUUGGAAGUUGGUGUAAUAUGUACAACUGCAUGGGAAAGCUUGUUGAGAGUCAAACAAUGCUCAUACAUCUUAAGAAAAUAUUUGAUUUUCA